AUGAUGCAGACCUUCCUCGUCGACCUGCUUCUCUCUUUCGGAUUUGCAUCAACGGCAUCUGCCACGGUGCUGCUCUACCCAGACAGUCUUCCCUCGACACUCACCUCAGCGUGCACCAAUGCCCUGACCGUCGACAUCACCGCCUGCGACCCGCUGGUGAGGGACCUCCGUCCGGACGUCUUCUACCCGCCCGCGUCACUGUCGCGCAUCUGCACCACCGGUUGCUCAUCCGCCCUUGAAACAUGGCGGUCAUCGUACUCCUUCCAGCAUGCCUGCCUGAAGGACGACUCGGGGCGCUAUUGCGGACCCGUCGCGGCCCUGGCAGCGGCCUUCUCGGAUCCCGGCAUCAGCCCUUUCAACUACAUCAGCAACAUCACGGACCAGGUGCGGCCCGACGACUGCGACGCCUGCCUGGCCGAGCGGCUGCGGCUGCGCGAGGGGUCGCCGUACUUUGACGGGCCUAUGGUGGCCAGCAAGUCGCUAUACGAGAGCAUGACGGCGAGUUGCGGCAUUGUGGGACGCCCUGUCGUAACAACGACCAUCGACUACUUCACGGCGGCGCCUGCUCCGACGGCCAAGGUGUGUGAGGGCUCAACCUACACCAUCAAAGCCUCGGACGACUGCUACACCAUAUCCAAGAGCCAGGGUGUCGGCACCAACUGGCUUCUGGCCGACAACGACCUCGAGGCCUUUUGCACCAACUUCCCCGCCGCCGGCACUUCUCUCUGCAUCACCAACCAGUGCACCACCGUCACCGUCCCCACCAAUGCGACGUGUGAGGCCGUGGCUGCGGCAGCCAACAUCACCGAGACGCAGCUCAUUGCCUGGAACCCCUCCAUAAGCUACGGGUGCGCAAACCUCCCCAAGAUGAACGGCUCCGAAAUCUGCGUCGAUGCUCCCGGCCGCAAGUUCGUGAACCCCACCGACACCUCCGCCCUGCCCCCCCUCACUCCCACCACCACGGCUCCCAAGCCCACCGACGCAGCAGACGGCUCCGGCGGUGCCGAAAAGCCAUGCGGGCGGUGGUACUCGGUCCAGCAAGGCGACUAUUGCAACCUCGUCGCCAUCAAGUUCGGCAUCACCCUCCCCGACUUCCUCUUCCUGAACCCGGCCGUCAAUGCCAACUGCACUAAUCUCUUCGCCUUGGAAUCGUACUGCGUCGCCGCAGUGGGCGAUAUCAACACCUAUAUUGGCCGCCCCGGUCACGCCACUAUCACCCUGGACCCCUCGGCGCCCUUCACCGGAAUCCCCUACACGGAGCGCCCCGACGCCACCGAGUCCCCCUACACGCGGCUGUACACCCCCCUCCCCGAAGCCACGGGCACGCGCGACGACUGUGUGCACUACUUCGCCGGAGACGACUACCAAUACAACCUCACCGGCUCCUCCUUCGCCAGCAACUGCGAACUCGCCGCGGCAACCUACAACGUCGACCUCGAGGAGUUCGGCUUGUGGAAUCCCGGCCUCGGCAACGUCUCGGAUCCGGCGUGCGCGUUUGAAAAAGGCGUCCGCUACUGCGGAUCGCGGUACCUGGAAGCGGGUAAUGAAGGGACCCCAACCGACGCCUCCCCGACACCACCAGGACCCACCAUGUCAGGCUCGCCCGCAGACUGCAACGAGUGGGCUAUCGUCACGGACGGGUUGUCCUGCACGGACCUAGCCUCGGAAGCCGGCAUCUCCCUCGAGCAGUUCCUGGCAUGGAACCCGGCGGUCUCGUCAGACUGCAAAACCAACUACUGGCUCGGCGAAGCCUACUGCGUCGGUGUCUCAGGCGACGCAACGACCACCAAGUCUCCCACAACAAGCGCCGCUCCCACGAGCUCAAAACCCACACCGCCCGGCCCAACAAUGACCGGCUCGCCCGCCGACUGCAACAAAUGGUCGCUCGUCACCGACGGCCUCUCUUGCACAGACCUAGCCACCCAAGCCGGCAUCUCCCUCGCGCAAUUCCUGGCGUGGAACCCGGCUGGGGAGUAUAUGGACAAGAAUCGAUUGAAGAAGUUGGCUGUGUCUUCUUUUCUGCUUGUCGGUAGCGGUGAGCGCGAUUGUCGGCCCUUCGUUGAUUGA